CCGGGGCUCCGCGGCGCCGGGGGGCGAGGGGGGCGUCUGCCCGCCUCCGCGCCCGGCUCAGGGUCGGCUUUGUGCUGUUUCGCUAGAGGGUAAAAAUGGCCUCUCGGCGGAUCACACGGGAGACGUUUGAUGCUGUAGUGCAGGACAAAGUUAAGAGGUACCGGAUGGAGCGGAGCGAUGCUAUGGAAGACACCAUCCAUCACUUCAAAGCUCAUUCAAGGCCAGUCCCAAGACCAAGAUAUGAAGACAGUUUUCAUGAUGAGGGAAGAUACACUCAUGAGGACACCCAACAUCAUCCACAUGAUGACUGGAGUGAAGGCCCUAGAGAUGAGUAUCCGGGACCAUCUUACAGAUCUAGUAGCCCUCUCAUAAGGAAAGAUAACUAUUACCAUGAACAAUAUGGCCGCCCAGCAUCUCGCGACCGGGAGUAUGGGCGCCCGGCUUCUCAUGACAGGGAAUUUGGCCGCCCAGCAUCUCGCGACCGGGAGUAUGGGCGCCCGGCUUCUCAUGACAGGGAAUUUGGCCGUCCAGCAUCUCGUAACCGAGAGUAUGGGCACCCGGUCUCUCAUGACAGGGAAUAUGGGCGCCCAGUCUCUCAUGACCGGGAUUAUGGGGACCUGGCUUCUCAUGACCAGGACUAUGGCCACGCUGAUCCCUGGGAGUCCACUGGACCACAUGAAACUGACUUUAGUUCUUCAGAUAUUUUAGGUGAUUUUAGAUCACCAGGACUCAUGGAAGAUGAAUACAGUAACAUGGAAGGUCAGGAGUAUGAUAUGGACUUUGGAAUUCAAUCUGACAGUGAGUUUAGACCCCCGAUACGGAGGGGAAACAUUGGAAGGGGAAGAGCUCUGCGAGGAAAACGUAUUACAAGGGGCACUGCCAAAACUAAAGUAUUCAAAGGAGAUAUCAAAACUCCCCUAAAAAGAUGGAACACUAAAAAGCUGCAACCAGAGCCAGAAGAGAAGCCAACUAUGCAAUCUGAUCAAAUGCCAGAGACUGCUGAACAUCCUAACCAGAGGCCGGUGACCCUCCAGCGCCCUAAUCAAAAGCUGCCUCUACGACCUAAUCAGAGACCAACUAUAACGGCCCAGAGACCUAUCCUCAGGCUUCCAAAGCCUGCACAUGUUUUCAGAAAUCUCAGUUUUGACCUUGUGGACAAAUCUGACAUUUUUUCAACAUUUGGAAUAGAAAUCAUAAAAUGGGCUGGAUUUCAUGCAAUAAAAAAUGAUGCAGAAUUUUCUCGGCUCUUUGGAGCUCUCUUUGAGCUAGAGACAGAAACUUGUGCAAAAAUGCUUGCUUCAUUCAAAUGCUCGCUAAAGCCAGAACACAGAGAUUAUUGUUUCUUUACUAUCAAGAGUUUACAACAUGCUGCUCUGAAAACUCCCAAAGUGGACAAUGAGUUUUUAAAUAUGCUAUUGGACAAGGGUGCUGUGAAAACGAAGAACUGCUUCUUUGAAAUAAUAAAACCUUUUGAUAAAUACAUAAUGAGGCUCCAGGACCGUCUACUAAAAGGUGUUACACCUUUGCUCAUGGCCUGCAAUGCCUAUGAAUUAAGCAUUAAGACAAGUGGUUUCAGUAAUCCCAGAGAAAUGGCAAAUGCUUUUGAGACCACUGUUUCUCUUUGUCGUAAGUCUUUAGCACUUCUGGGUCAGACCUUCGCGUUAGCAUCUGUUUUCAGGCAAGAGAAAAUACUUGAAGCUGUAGGCCUCCAGGAAAUGGCUCCUGCACCAACAUUAUUCCCCAAUUUUGAUGAUUCAACAUUGUUUGGAAGAGAGUACAUAGAAAAUCUGAAGGCUUGGUUGGAGAAAAGUGGGUAUCCAAUUCAGAUGAAAAAAGCUGAGCCGGAGUCCACAGAACAGCUUAAAAAACCCUCUCCGGACACAGAAAUUAAGAUCCCACAGCGAGCUGAUCAGAAAGUUGUAGAGACAAUUGAAAAGCUAGUGAAUAGCAUUGUUUCAGGAACCUUAUCUGCCAAAGAAAGAAACGCCCAAAAGAACUGUCCUGAGUAUUGGUUCUUGUCUGAAGAAGAUAGUCUAGAAUACAAAUACUACAGACUGAAGUUAUCAGAGAUGCAAAGGCGGACAUCGUCUGACAAGGAAGCAGGUGGUGAGGGCAGAACACUAGAAGAAUCUGCAACAGAAUCAGUAAGGGCCAUGUUGUAUGCCAGGAAAGUAGCAAGUAUUAAGAGAAGACUAUUCAAAAGAAAAAGGCUUGGAAUUAUUGCGCAACGCGGAAUUCAAGGAAGGAAGGUGAGGAGGGCAACGACAGGGACACAGACUGUGCUGUCAGCUGGUACAAUGCUGAAACACCAAGACAAGCACAUCCAAGGUUCAAUCCAGUCAAAGCCUUCUGUAUCAGAAACCAAUGUGGCUGAAAAGAGUUCUUCCUUAGAUACAGCUGGGUCCUCACAGUGUGCCACCAGUCUGGAAGUCUCUUUGCCAGUAGAAGAAGGGGCAGAUUCUGAAGAUUUAUUGGCACCACCUGAACUUUUCCCACCAUUGUCCUCUCAGUUUCCUGAUGUGGAUUCUAAAACAAUGGAAACUGCUGAAAAACUGGCCAAGUUUGUUGCUCAGGUAGGACCAGAAAUUGAGCAGUUCAGCAUAGACAACAGUGCAGAUAACCCGGAUCUUUGGUUUCUACAGGAUCGAAAUAGUUCUGCUUUCAAAUUCUACCGAAUGAAAGUCUAUGAGUUAUGUCCAUCUAUUAACUUCAGUGCUGUGUCAGAAACAACUGAUGCUGAGGAAGGUACUAAACCUGAAGAGAGAAAUCUGGAUGUUUCAGAAGAGGAGGAGGAAGAGGAUGAAGAAGAAGAGGAAGAAGAUAACGAGGAGGAAGCUGAGUUUGAAGAGGAUAUCUCUCGGCCUUUGGAAGAAAUUGAAAUGGAAAUGGAGCAAGCAGAGGAGGGAGAAGAGGAAGACUUCUCAGCAGGUAGAAGUGAGGAGAACCUAGCUGAAGAGAUGAUUUCCAAAACAGGAGAGGAAAUUUCAACAGGUGAAAUGCAGCUAGCCACAUCAUGUGAUGGUACUAUACCAAAUCUGUCAACACAGGCAUCUACUCCUGUUCCUGGUACCCUAUUUCCUCGCAAACGAAUCAGCAGCAAGUCACUGAAAGUUGGUAUGAUUCCUGCCUCUAAAAGGAUAUGCCUCAUAGAAGAACCAAAAGUUCAUGAACCUGUCAGAAUCGCUUAUGAUAGGCCUCGUGGUUGCCCAGUUACAAAGAAGAAGAAGAAGCCUAAAGAUUUAGAAUUUUCACACAAGAAACUGACAAACAAAAAUGUGGGUUUCCAGAUGCUUCAGAAGAUGGGCUGGCAAGAAGGACAUGGCCUCGGUACAAGAGGAAAAGGAAUCAGAGAGCCUGUAAAAGUGGGUGCUACCUCUGCAGGGGAGGGCUUGGGUGUUGCAGGGGAAGAAAAUAAAGAAGAUGCAUUUGAUGUUUUCCGUCAAAGAAUGAUACAAAUGUACAGGCAGAAAAGAGCAAGUAAAUAGGUUUGACAUAAGAGACUCGCUCGCUAGAAAGUGCACGGAUAUGCAAAGGCUGCUGUGUGAAAGAUCUUCAGCAGAGUAUGCCAGUAUGAAGAACGCUUUGUUCUAUAAUAUUGGACUUGAAUACUGACGUAUGAAACAUUUUCCAAGAUUAAAGUUAGUCUUGUAUUUAAUUGUGCAAGCUAACAACUUGGAUGUCAUCUUCUGAGGAAGAAACAACUGAUUUGUUCUCGGAAGUGCCUGUUUACCUCUCUCUUUGGCCAAGUUUGCCUGUUACAUGAUGAGAUGGCUCUCUUCAAACAGAAUAAGCAACAUUUAAAAAAUGUGACUAUCCUGCUUCGGCUCUAUUCCUUUCUGAAGCCAAGAACCUUCUUAAAUUCAGAUCUUACUGCAAGGCAGUUCAGUUUUUAUUUUACUAAAUUUUGUUGAUGGGCUAAUCUUUUGAUCUACUUCUGGAAUCUGUGGAAAGCAGAAUCCUUUCUUCCGUACAGCAAUUUUAAGAACAGUCUCUACCUGCAUGCUUAUUUUAUAUAGAAUUCUCUGCUUUGAGUGUAGGAUGGAAAAACGGUUCAUCCAAGUUUGAGAACACUAAACUCUUGCUUGAAAACCUCAGCUGCUAAGUUUUUUCAUUGUAACAAACAAGCAGUACACAUUUUAAGUGUACUUCUCGUUUUUAGACAAAUUUGCAGCUCUUGUUCAACAAAUUCUUCAAUAAUUUCUUUCCUUCUCAAAGAAGUUUAAGCCAUGAACAGAUGUAAUUCAUGUGUCUGCAGAAAAUACUGAAGAAAAUACUUGGAAGUCAGACAUUCAGAAAUCAUCUGGAAGUGGAUCAUCAGUUGUAUAAGACCAUCAGUAUAGAGAGUCAUUUCUAUUUCUGUUAAAUAUUUGCUUUGUAGAAGUUCUUUUAUUGAGUAAAUCCCAAGAAAUAAGACAAAAAGCUUGUAAAUUUAAGGGAUUAUUCUAGAAUUUACUGAAAGAAGAUUGGAUUAAUCUACUCUGCUUCAAUAAAAAAGCAUUACCUAACUUCCUGAUGAAAGACUUAGCAGUGUUACAACAGAUAAAUGUUCCAGGUCUGAUCAUUCAUCUUUUUCAGACUUGCAUAUCAAUAAGGAAUCUGACUGGAUUACUGAAAGGGACAAUUUAAUAUCCCACUUUUUAGCAUACUCCUUCUCUAUCAUUACCUUUCUAAAGACUAGUCAAGUCUUCACUUGAGCGUUAUACUUCACUGAAGCUCUCUUUAAAGAGAGUUUAUCUUGAGCUGGCGCAUGUUUUGCUUGCUGAGAGUGAGUGCUGCCUUGCUGAUGUUUUCAUCCUGCACCAUGCUUCUUGUAAAGCAAAGAGCUUGUGGUAUACAACUAAUAGCACCCGACAGUAACGUGGCAACAUCUCAAGUUCCUAACUGACAAUAUGCAAGAAAAUGUGUUCAGUUAUCAACUUGCCUGUGCCUGCUGUUUAAAGGACAAAAUUAUAUUUUCUUUCCGUUAAAAACCUGGAUGGUUAAAAGGGAGUGUCUUAUUUUCGUUCUGUAGCAGCGAACUUUUCUUUGCCUGUAACAACCAGUUUUAGUUUGUGAAUGCAAGAUUUUUCUUUGCUAUAUGGGUCUGUGAAACCAAAAACUACAGUAUCACAUCACAGUAUAAUUUUCCGAUCACUCAGUUUUAGUUGCUUUGGAGCACAUGAUCACUAAAUGAAAUCAUAAUGGCAGAUACGGAAAAAUGUCAUGCUGAAAGUUCUUUUUUUUCAUGAACAUAUUUGUCUUCACCUUUACAUUAGAAGAAGUUGAAGCAUCAAGACCAUAAAUAUAGAUAUGUUUCUCAAGGUUUAUCUGGUUAUCAUACUUCAUUAAAGACAUUUGAUAGUCCAGAGAUUUCUCAUAGGAUUUGCCUGGAUAUAUCUUAAAUCCAUGAACAUUUUGGACCAUGGGCUACUCUUAGGAUCAUCUAUUAUAGUACUUGGCAGUGUAUGCUUUCAGGUUAAAUUCUGAUUCGGAUGUGCUCUCCACUGCCCCUCUUUCCUUUCCUGUGCCUGUUUAACAGUUACACAGUGUAAAACUUAAGCUUUUCAAAAGGAGAUCUAUCAGUCACAGUCUGUUUUAGAAUGAUACUCUGGAACUAGUACUGUUGGCUCCAGAGUUAUUUCUCAGACCCACUCAUAAGAAUUUAGCUUUUCUUUUAGUUUCAUUAAUGAAGCUGACAGUGUUGCUGUUCACAAUUUUUUACUUCCCUGUGAACUUCCAGUUCACCUCUUAUUUCACAUGCAUGUUUGGGAAGCAUUCUUGAUUGUAUGCUGCAGUAUUUGCAGAAUGGCACAAGGCAAAGUGUUGUUUCACACUACAUUGAAAUCCACUUUCUCAGACCCUGAUCAGCAUUCUGCGCUGUUCUGGUUUAACCUGAGAUUGUUAUGCAUAGUACCAUUUGGGGUGCGUUUGCUAACACCUACUUCCCAAUCUGGGAAAAUUGUUGGUAUCCAGACUGGAAAAUGGUACCUUUCUUUCUCAUUGCAAUUCAAUUUAGAUUAUAAUGCUGUCUUGAAAAUAAAGAUGAACAUUGGGAAAAUCUUAACCUGCUACCCUGGAUGACUGUAGUAUGGUCUAUCUUUCUUGUGCCAAACUUUAAUUUUGGACAAGAUAGCAGCAGAGCAGCACUGGUGCUGAGAUUCCAGUGUUGCUCUCAAGUGGGUUACCAUUUGCCACUUUUAUCUUGUUUUACCAAGAGAUGACCUUACACUCCUUUUGCAAAAGGAAUUUCCUUUUAUUUUGACCUGCUUUUGCAGGCAGUUCUGAUUUGAAAAUUUAAAUACGUGUACAUGUGAAACAUUUGUUAUGCAGAUACAUUGCCUUGUUUAAAGUUUACUAGCUUCUUUUCUGUUAUUUUAGUUCCAGGCUCUCUUCCAUGAAGACUGCAAUCUUCAGUGAACAUUUUAACUAACUUCAGUGGUGUCUACUGUCUUUUGGUUGUUUUUUGCCAUUAAUCUUGUAGAGCAAUUUGCUAGUUUCUGUUCCGUGCAAAUUGGCAGUAGUGCUAAGCUAGUAACAAUUAGAUGCUUAUGUUAUUGGAUAACUGACAUUUCUUUUUAGUGUAAGUAAACAUGUUAGCAUUGUUAAUCUUUUAAUAUCUGCAAUAAAUGUAGAACUAAACAAUUUCUGAUUUAAAUGUUUUGCUUGUGAAUUUGGCCCUUUGUGAGAGAUAUGCAUCAUUUUGGCACUAACAAGUGGAAUUGAGAUUAUGCAGUGUUAUUUUAGUGUAAAACAGGAUUUUACAGUGUGUGAGGGAAGGAAGGUCCCUCUAUUUCUGUGCUGCUAAAUGGUUUCUGUAAAGAAUACCCAUUAAAUCACUUACUAUUCAUGGGUUCCAGUGCAUGAAACCCAUGUGCAACAGUGUUAUGUGCAACAUUAAUGCCAAAACCGUUGUUCUUCAGUCAAAAUGCAAGAGUUUUGCCCUUUGCUCACAUCUGAGGAAUUAGUUGUCUCUUUAAUUUUUCCCAGUGCCCUGAGUUUAAGACAGCAAAAUUUUCUCUUUACGUAUGUGUGUGAUUUACUGUUGCCUUUAAAUUUCAGUUCUUUUUUAGAAAGGAUGUGAGGGGAAAAAUUGCAAGACUGAAAUCUAACAUGUGUACAGCAGUCUUCUAUUGAGAGGUAAAGUGAGAGUGUUCAUUUGCUAAAGAUUCAAGCCAGGUCUCAUGUCCCUUCUUUUUAUACUGACGGCUAUAGCAGGCAUUACUGAGACAAGUUCAAGUCCUAGCUAUAUCUUUUUUUCUUCCUUUUCCUUAUAAAAAAUGACUAAAUGUAAGGACCUGGUUCUAGAAGAAAGGAAACUUGCUCUCGGGAGAGAGAAAGGAGGUGAUCCUCAAUUUGGGGGAAAUACCCUAAUGGAGUAAAAGAACUACAGUCAUAGUAUUUUUACAUUGGAGUAAUUGUGUUGGACUAAUACAGAUGUUUUCGUUCUUUUGCUUUCAAAGAUUGUUGUUGUAAUACCAAUGACAUUUUUCCUAUUUAUUAUUUUUUUAUAAAACACUACAGCAUCCUUAGUGUGAAUACUUAAUCUGUGUUGAGAUAUUAUUUCUCAAAAUCAAUGUACAGUGAUUUUUUUUUCCUAUUGGUAUUUCAUUCUAUACAUCAUCUGGUUUUGUGCCCAAAGAAAGUCUGGACUCUUAAAUUCAAAUACUGAUACUUGGGAUUGUUUUCUGUCCUAUAAAUAGGUACACUUUAUAAUUCAAAAUGGAUUUUUGGAAGUCCUGUACCGUUUUUCAUUCUGCAUAUCUCACGACUGAGUGGCCAAUCACAACCAGACUGUACGUUUGAGCAAUAACAAACACCUAAAUGAGAACAUGCUCAAAGAUCAAUAGGGUACUUCAGAAAUAGUUUUUGUGAACUGUGUUGAGUAGGUAACUUGCUGAAUUACAGCAAGUGUGGAAAAUGUUUGCAUUAUCUGUGGGCAAUAAAGUUACUGCUGUUUAAGAAA